GUUUUGGAAUGCUGUGGAUGUGCACCUCUUGUCCUACAAAGGAUGAGAUGUGGUCGACCAGUAGGGUAAGGGACGAUUUGCCAUCGAGUAAGCCUGGACCACGAACCCCUCCAGUGAUGCAUAAGCUUGUGGGAGCCUUUGCUCUAGCAGGAAUCGGGUAUCAACAAACUUGGGAGAUAUGUCGCAGCUUGGGUGUUCCACGUCCAGGCCAUGGAACAUUUUACCGCUUCAUGGGUGGCGAUAUAAAUAGAAGAUGGCUGUGCAUCGAUGGUCGUUGGUCGAAUGUUCGCGAAGCCAAAUGGUGCACGGUGUCGUUCAUGGACCGUGAAUCCCGAAAAAUCAUGAUGUGUAAAAACACUAGGAGAGGGAGGGAUGACGACUCAUCGGUGAUGCUAGAGAGGGUAGCGUUCAACCAGGGCAUGGACGAGGAAAAGGUGCAGGACGCGACUCGAAAGGCUGGCACGGUAGACGGGGCAAUCGUAUACAUGAAGGAGUCGGAUGCAAAGUAUUUGCACCUAGAGCUGCAACAAGUAGUGAGGUUGGAAAGGGGAGUUAGGACAGCCAACAACACGGGACGAGGGGAAGUACCAAGGGAGCAGGGGGCAGGGGCGGUAGGAGGAGAUGCGCCAGAGGAAAGUGAAAGCGACAGGAAUGGAGGCAUGGCUGAGGGGGGUACGGAGAGGAUGCCGGACGCUAUGGUUAGAUGGUCCGAUGUGGAGGAAUUGUGGGAUGGCAACCAAGCCCACAUGGGCGGUGGCGACAUGGAUGUGGAGGGAGAGGAAAACAACAGACAGGGAAGUGGGGCAGACGAGAACGUGGAUCCGGCAGCGGGGACCCAGCAGCAGAGCGGCAGGCGUUGGGGUCGGCGAGCCCCAAGAAGACGGACGCGUAGAGGUCACACCCUCCCAUACCCCACGUACCCUGGAUAAUUUUGACUAAGUCCUUCGCAACUGGUCACAUCCCGCCUCAUACCCGCCGUAACCUGGAAAAUUUCGGCUAAGUCCUCUGUAACCAGUCACAACACAC